CUCCAGCAGUCUCGCUCUGUGCAGCUAGGUGGAGUAGCUGGUGUCCUUUUAAGCUUGCAGAUUUAUUUUGGACACUUCUUGAGCAGCUGUGUAACUGGAGUGAGAGCACAUACAUACAGGCUCCUCUCUCUCUCUCUCUCUCCACGGGACUGGCUUCCAUCCCAGCACAGUGAACCUAGGUUCAAUCAGUAUUUUCAGUCCUAGUUUGACAUUUGCAACUAUGGCAGACAUCAUGCAGACUGAAGAGCAGGAGCAGGAGCAGGAACAGGAGCAGGAGCAGGAGUGGGAGCAGAACAUCCCUGAAGUCCCGGAGCCAGAGAAGCAGAAGGAGAGCUCAAAGCCGGAGCCUCAGUUCAAUGGCGUACUGGUGCUCACUCUCCUGGACAAAGUGGUGGGCAUGGUCGAUCAGAUCCAAAGCAGCCAACAGCAGCUGGAGCAGCGGCAUCUGGAGAUGGAGAACGCUGUCUUCACCAUUCAGAAUGAGUUGAGCAAGCUCACCAAGUCACAGGCAACCUCCAGCAACAGCGUCAACAAGAUGCUGGAGAAGAUUCGGAAAGUCAGUGUCAACGUCAAGACCAUCAAGCACAACAUGGAGAAGCAGGCAGCACAGAUCAAGAAACUCGAAGCGAAUGAGGCCGUGUUACUGAAACGGAAUAACUUCAAAGUAAUGGUUUAUCAGGAUGAAACACCAAUGCCUGCGAGAUUGAGCCUUGGGAAGUCUGUAAAAGAAAGUCUGAAAGUACCUGAAGAAAGUGAAGAAGGAAAAGAGGUUGUGUCUAAUGAGCAGAAACCUGAAGGUGAAGCCAUCUCGCUCUCCUCUGAUGAAGAAAUUGAACUUGAAGUAAUUGAAGAGGAAACAACAGCUGUUCGUCUGAAGAAGAGCAGCAUGAAGCGAAUGGAUGACUUCAAGAAAGCAUUCUCCAAGGAGUCCAUGGAAAAGGCCAGGCAAAGGACAAGGGAACAACUGCAGAAGACUCGGAUAAAAACAAGGGAGAACGUGGAGAAGACCAAACAAGCAACAAAAGAAAAUCUGGAAAAGACAAAGCUUACACUUGAAAAGAAAAUGAACAAGCUCGGCAGCAAGAUAGUAACACAGGAGCGAAGGGAGAAGAUUAGGGACUCCAGAUCAAGGCUGAGGAAGUCCUUCACACCAAAUCAUCAAAAGUCAGCACGGUGUCGAACAACUGUCUACAGGAUCCCGCCAUUUACAUUCUGGGUUAAAAAGAUGAGAGAUGGGGAUGUGGUGGUGCAAGAGGUGGAGAUGAUGGAAGGUCAGGGAGAAGAUCAUACUGCAGAAGAUGAAGACCACACCGACCUCCUUAUUGAAGAAAUCCAUGAGGAAUCACUGGAGGAGGAUCCAGAUAAUGAGACCGAACACCUGCUGCAGAAAAGGAGAAUUGAGUAAUGAGUUUAUUUAGUGGAAGAGAUGUCAAUUGGCUCUUGCUAGUUGGCUGAGGCAAAUAGAAAGGAAGGAGUGAAAUGUUUUUGGAACAGUAGAUCAUAAAGUUUGAAUGCAUUAAGAAAUUUAUAUUGCACAACUUUGUUACCCUCUUGUCUUAGUUAAUCUAAGGACAUUUCCAGUAAGCAUUGCAUUGAUGAAAUAAAGCAAGCUGUUUGUCAUUUCAUCACUAGGAUACUGAACGGGAUUUCAUUUCCCAGUCAAAUCACUUUUGGGAAACAGCCAUUUAAAAAUGUACUUAUGACUUUAUAAGUUACAUUAUGAGUACAUUAAAUAAUAAGCUAGAUUUUCCUGAGUGGGACCUACCUUCACUCACCACUUGGAAUUGCCAACCCUCCCCUAGAUCCUAAAGGUCAAUUUCACCAACUCAAGAGACAAAACUCAGGGUCAUACCAAGAUAUGAUGUGACAUAUUUAAGUCACAUGGGUGAGCCAGAAUAAGCCCUGUACAUCAAGUCUUCUUCAUUUGGUUAUGCUCCAAUUCUGCUGGCUGUCAAAACUGUUUUUUUAGUGCAUCUGAACUUCAGACAUCUUGAAAAACUAAACUGAAACAAAUAAAAAAUGACCACUAAAGUUUAGAAAGGCAAAUAAGCUAACUUCCAAAUAGUUUGAAUAAUUAUAUCAUUAAGCCAGUUCAAAAAGAAACAAUGAAACUUAUCCAUAUUUUCCACAGAUCCCUUUCAAAUAAAUGGGCUUAUGGAUCCUGCAGCAGUUUUCUGCACUUAAAUAUAGAUUUCUGAAUCCCAAAACCUGAUAGUGGAUAUGCAGAGGAACGCUGUUGGUUUUUUGUGUAACUUUUGGCAAAACCCAGCCAAAUCUAGGCCAAGGAUCAAAUGUGAGGGGUGUUCAGAACUAACUGUGUGAGAAAUAUUAAUUCCAAAGUGAAGUGGAAAAUUGUAAUCAGGAGGAUAACUAAAGUUUGUGCAACUACUUUCUGCAUUGGAGAAAAGAAUAUACCUGUAUAAUGGAAGGUUUAAAAGGUAAAAAGUAUUUUAUUCAUAUUAUAACCGAGGCAGGGGAAAGAUAAAAUUAAGCCUUGUUAUUUAGAAGGGUUAAACUUGGUCCAGUAAGGAUGUGAAAAGAAGGCCAGAGAAUGGGGAAUGAUUCAGAAGGUUAAUGUGCUUUGUAUAGCAAUGGCAAUGGAACAUGAUAAAAGUAGAAUGAAAUGUCGCUCUUGCCAAUGGGUGAAAAAAGAGACUUUGUAUGACAUCAGUGCUUUUGUCGAUACAAAAUGAAAUAUCUUUUGCAUCCAUGCAUAGCAGACAAAUCAAUUACUGGAUACAUUUUACCUUUCCAGCUUUCAGUAAUUUGCAUUUACACGCAGUAACCAGAUUAGCAGGCAGAGUUGUAGCGUCUUGCAUGACACAAGCUUUAAAGCUGCAUCACUAUUGUAUAAUAAUAAAAAUUCAUUUUAAGAAUUUAUAUACUUAUUGCUUUACCUGCUAUAGCAGCUGCUUAUAAGUAAAAGAAGAUAGUUGAUGAGUUGUAUAAGUAACAUCUUGAACUUUGGAAAGGAGAUUUUGCAGUUCAUCAAGGAAUUCAUACUUUCCUUCAGUAAACAAUUUUACUGAAAAGCAAUCCUACAUUAUAAUUUUUUAACACUAUGCAGUAGUAUACAAGGGCUUUUUGCAUUUAUCAGUAUAUUGAAGUAAUUAUAUAUUCAAUAUUAUUACCAGAUUUACUGUUAUAAACUGAGUAGUACUGCAAUUUCAUAUUCCUGCCAACAGAGGCGCUAUAGAGUCACCUCUGGCAAGAAUGAACUCAUAAAGAGCAAACCAAAUCCACCUAGCCAAUGUCCAUUGUCAAUGUGGACAGACCAAUUUCAAAUGCAAAGGCAAAAUGUAUAACCUUAAAAUGGGCUAUGUCUGUGCUUUCUGAUUUAAAUAGCCUCUGCCCUUUGUUUCUAUUUAGAUUUGUUUGCCCAUAAGUAAAAUCAUUGGAGAUUGACAAGUAAUAUUUUACAAACCGAUGAAAAGAAACUUUCAACUUUCUGAUAGUUAAUGACCACAGAAAUAUAUCAUAUGUAUUAAAAUAUAAACUCUUAACAUUUAAACAUUUAUAUGAAAUACUGUCUGUGAUUAUAAUGAAUGCUUGUUUGAAAUAUAAGGGUCAUUGACUCUGUUCAAUGAGUAGAAAUAGCAUUUUAUACAAAUGUAUUAAGUUCUCAUAAUUACUAUACACUACAAUAUCAUGAUUAAUGUACCAAUAAUUGAUUAGCUUGGAUUCCAUAAACACAUCUGCUGUUUUUCAAUGACACUUGGAAAUUUGCAAUCAAAAUAUUUUGGUAUGACAUACUUUGGAAUAAGUACGAAAACUUUCCAAGUACCAUACUUUAGAAAUUGGACAUUAUUCUGUACAUCUGAGAUCCAAAUGCAUACCAGUAGUAACAGUGUGUUUAAGAGCUUGUGAUUGAGAGUGAAGAGAUAAAUGGUUUUUGACCAUUUAGCCUGUUCCAUCUCAAUAAGUCAAUCACUCAUUACGCUUUUCAGCAUUUCUACUAUCUCUUUACUCAGGAGAAGUUUACCAAAUUUAUUUUUCCACUAAUUUGUUGUCUCUUUCAAUGAUAUAUCCUCAUUUUUUGCCAAUCCACAUUUUUAGAAACAUUCUUCCUUUUGCUUUGAAAGUCAUGCAACUUAUAACUUCCUCUUUAAAAAUGUAUUUGUGAAACAAAACUGCAAUUUUUGUUAAAUGCUGUCAUGCCUGAAAGCAAAAGGGAUGAUGCAGAAUGAAGAGGUAGUUUCAUGUUUGCAGUAUGUAUUUUUUCAACAGAAUAUAAACUUCCAAAAUGUAUAUUUCUAUAAAGUGUUGACUUCAUUUUGAAUAGUUUCCUUAAAUAUAUGACUGUAUUCUAGAUAUCAGCAUGAAACAAGAAAGUAAAUGGCAUAUCGAAUAUCUGAAUGUUGAGACAUAUAAAAAACUGAGUUUAUAUUUAGCUUACAAUUUUGUCAGUACAGCAAUAGCAAUUAUAAAUCAACAAUAUGCAGCAGACUUCUAAUAUUUGCCUACUAUAUACUGUACUUACAUUUUGCUUAACAAUUCAUAAUAAAAAUCAGUCUCAUAGACAGAAA